ACCAGUUUUAGGGAACGGUCCCUGGCUCUGGAGAUAGCGACUCAUAAAUCCAGCCCUUGGCUUGGCCAUUUCCCGCAGCAAGAAUGCUCCUGGGAUUUCGGAGAUCCCGCAGGAGCCAGUUCAGACACAUCGUGCAUGGCCUCCUCCCUGCAGCCAGCAUUGCUCCAAAGCCAGCUGUGCCUCGUACACCUCCUCCCCGAAGCCCCAACCCAUCCCCAGAGAGACCAAGGUCGGCCCUGGCCGCGGCCAUUUUGGCAACGACGCUGACUGGGAGGACCGUCGCCAUCCCCCAGCCUCGCCCGAGGUCGCGGUCUGAGAGUGAUGCGACCUGCGACGAGAAAGACAGUCUCAUCGAGCCCUAUGCCACCACCUCCCAGCCGCGGCUUCGCAGGCCAAGCUGGCAGAGUGGAGCAGGAAGGAGAACUUCUUCAUCACCCUUUGGAGCCCUGGGCUCUGGGGAAGAAGGUGACACUGAAACACAGGUGUCGUCUGGUGACGAGGAGUCCGGGGAUGGCGGCGCCCGGAAGGAGGGAGGCAGCCACAGGGAUGCUGUGUACGCUGUGCCCCACGGACGCCUGGUGCCGUUGUCACGUGAAGUGGACAGUGAAGAUGAUGAAGAUAUUUCUGAGCAAGAUGGGUUUCCCGGCUCUUCAUCUCUUACACCUCAAUCUGCACAACAAAAAGAUGAUAAAUACUCUGUUCUGAAUUUAAAGGGUGAAAGAACGCUGCUACGUGAGAAGCCGCCUCCCUCUCCAGAUGUAACUGGCAGAAUACGUCAAAGAUGUAUAGAAAUAACCAAAGAAAAGUUUGAGGAGUUAAAAGAAGAAAAUUUGCUCCUAAGCAAUGCAAAUCAAGCUCUUAUGCUUGAACUAAAUGUAAUAAAACAAGCAAUGAAAAAAUUACAGUUAAAACUUAAAAGGAUGGGAAAAGACAACGGAAGUCUGAAAGAGGCUGAAAAAGCGUCCAGUCAGGAAGGAGUUGCUGUACCUGAAUUACUUCAUCUGAGGAAACAAGCCCAAGAGCUGUUGGAUGAAAAUGAUGGCUUGAAAAUGACCGUCCAUCGUUUGAAUGUAGAACUGAGUCGCUACCAAACAAAAUUCAGGCCUUUGUCUGAGGAAGAGAGUUUACAUAUUGAAGGCCUCCCAUCAAAGGGCCCUGUACCACCGUGGUUGUUGGACGUAAAGUACCUUUCGCCAUUGCUGCUGGCUUAUGAAGACAGAAUGAAAGAGAAGGACGAGCUCACUGCCAGCCUCGAGGAAGAAAUGAGAAUGUUUAGGAUGCGAGUCCAAGAAGUGGUGAAAGAAAAUGAAGAAUUGCACCAGGAAUUAAAUAAGAGUAGUCCUGUUACCAGUGAGGAAUGGCAUCAGCUUCAGACUCAAGCAAAACUCGUUUUAGAGGAAAAUAAGUUGUUGCUAGAGCAGCUGGAGAUUCAGCGAAGGAAAGCCAAGGACACCCAGCAGGAGCAUCUCCAAGAGGUUUCUAGGCUGACUAGACAGCUCAUGCUCCUGGAGGCACAAACACAGACCCAGGAAAAGGAGCUGGUGGAAAACAAGGAGCAGCUAGAGAGCUUUCGUGCCAAAUGCCAAGAGCUCAAAGCAGAGCUGGAUGGCAGGAUUGCGAUGCGGGUUCACACUUCCAUUGUGAAUGAACUGAAAGGCCAGCUGCGGAAGGAGGAAGAGAAAGAGAGUGCGGAGAUGGAGGAGCUGGUGGAGAAGCUGACGCUUCUGCAAGUGCAGAGAAAGAGCCUGAUGGUGGGGAACAAAGCCCUGGAGGCGGAGCUCGGAAGGAUGCAGAAGAUGAACAGGAGAUACCAAAAGAAAAUUGAUGUCCUCAAAAAGCAAGUGAAAAAAGCCGUUGGAAAUGAAAUGUCCGCUCACCAGUACCUGGCAAACCUUGUUGGUCUGGCAGAGAAUGUGACACAGGAACGAGACAGUCUUAUGUAUUUGGCUAAAUGUUUAGAAAAUGAGAAAAACGGAGCCCUCAAUAAGAUCCUAAAAGGCAAUAUUCGCUUGGGAAAGUUAGAGGAGAAAAUCAAGGGAUACAGAAAGCAGACUUCUCUGAAGAUGGGCAGCAUCAGCUACCAUCUGCUGGAGCAGCAGGAGGACUUCGCCGGCAAGACAGCUCGCUACCAGCAGGAGAUGAGGCACCUGCACCGGAUGCUGCAGGACAAGCAGGGGGUGCUGGACGAGGCCCUGCAGCAGAGGAGAGAAAUGGAAGGUGAGCUGGAGUUUGUUUGGCAGUCUACCUCCAAGGAGAACCAAAGGAUGAGAGCCCUGCUCCAGGCCACACUGGACAGAACAGGCACGCAGGCCGACACCAAGCAUGCAGAGGACCCCGGCCUCCAGGGCACCUCCCAGGGAGACCUUCUAGAUGGCGGCAGCUUCAGCUGCUGUGACCCGAAGCCCCCUGCUUCCACCCACCGGAGUCUACAGGAGCUCAAGGCUUAGACCUAUGGGGAAGGCAGCCCUUGCCCCAGGAGAAGGCACCGCAUUGAGGCCACUUUCAGAAGCCCACCAAGUGCUGCAGCACCAGGAAGAAUAAAUCAUCACAGAUGCUUAAUUGUGUCUUUACAUUUUGCUUUCUUUUUUAAAUUUACAUUUUUGGUAUUAUUAUAUGAAUAUUGAACCCCUUUGCAUUGAGCUACAUGCCCAGCCCUUUUUAUUUAUGUUUU